AUGGUUAUAACUGAUGAACUUCCUUUCAAAUUUGUUGAUGGGUUUGGGUUUAAACGCUUUAUGGCUGCUGCUCAACCAAGAUUUAAGGUUCUUUCUAGAUGGAUAGUGGCUCGGAGUUCUGUGAAGAGAGUUAGGAAGGCUCUUCAGUUUGUUAGAAAAUCUGCCCUUAGGAUGAAAAAGUUUAAAGAGAGUUGUAAGGAUGAGAAGAUUCAAAGUAAGAGCCUCUUGACUCUAGAUGUCUCUACUAAGUGGAACUCCACUUAUUUAAUGUUGGAGAGUACUCAAAAAUUUGAGGCAGCUUUUAAGAGGUUUGAGGACAAAGACCCUUACUUUUGCAUUGAUCUUGAACAAGGGGAGGGGGUGCCUGAUGCUGUUGAUUGGAGGAAUAUUAAAAGGAUGGUGAUGUUUUUGAGUCAUUUUUAUGAGAUGACCUUGCGUGUGUCUGGUGCUUUUUAUGUUACAUCCACUAGCUUGUUUUAUGAGAUUUACAUUAUAUAUCGCCUUUUGGAUGAAUGGACAAAGUGUGAUGAUUUUGAGCUAUCAUCAAUGGCUUUUAAAAUGAAAGAAAAAUAUGACAAUGAUGAAAGUGAAAAUUUGGCAAAGCAAGUGAAGGAUGUUUUCAUUGCUUUAUAUCAUGAAUACAAAGAACAUGUCUCUCCCUCUAAGCAAUAUGAAAAGGAGCAGCUUAUGGAUGAAAUCCAAGCUGAUUUUGGUGAUGAGGAUGACCCUGCUAUGAAGUGGAAAUUGAAUGGUCCUAGAUUUCCCAUUCUUUCAAGGUUGACAAGUGAUGUUUUGACAAUACCAAUAUCCAUAGUUGCUUCAGAAUCUACGUUCAGCAUUGGAGGAUGUGUUUUGGAUGCAUUUAGGAUUUCUUUAACUCCUAAAGUUGUGCAAGCCCUUAUUUGUGCUGAAGAUUGGCUUCGUCACUUCAUUCCUGUGGUUGUGGAAGAGAAAUUAGAUGAUAUUCAAAGGAUUGAAAGAGGUUGGAGCAAAGAUUUUGUGUCAUUGACAGUUGACAACUUAUGA